AUGGCUUCUCUUCCAUAUUCAUGGUCCAUCACCACCACCUCCUCCCCAUUUGUAACGAGGCCGUCGCAUAUUUUGAUCAAUGCAAAGCGAAGCAACCGCUUUCAGGUGUCCUGUGAGCAAAACCAGAAAGGUAGCACCAAGAGUGAUGAUACCUCCCACGGGAAGAUUGACAGAAGAAAUGUACUUCUAGGAAUGGGAGGACUUUACAGUGCAGCCAAUCUAGUUUCUGCUUCACCAGCAGUUGCAACUCCACUAGCAGCUCCUGAUUUCACCAAAUGCACUAAGGGCACAAAUUUGAACACUAGCCAACCAUUGGACGUGGACUGUUGCCCUCCAGUAGCAACAAAAAUCAUUGAUUACAAGCUUCCUCCGGUGACCAAAAUGCGAUUCCGGCCAGCUGCGCAUUUGGUCACGGAAGAGUAUGUAGCUAAAUACGAGAAAGCUGUCGAGCUUAUGAAGGCUCUUCCGGCUGAUGAUCCGCGAAAUUUCAUGCAACAAGCCAAUGUGCACUGUGCUUACUGUAACCUUACUUAUGAACAAGUUGGUGACUCAGAUUUGAAGAUUCAAAUUCACAAUUCUUGGCACUUCUAUCCAUGGCAUAGAUGGUACUUGUAUUUUUAUGAAAGAAUCUUGGGAAAAUUGAUUGAUGAUCCCACUUUUGGUUUGCCAUUUUGGAACUGGGACAAUCCUAAGGGUAUGGCCAUGCCAGCCAUGUUCGUGAAACCUAGUUCGCCCCUAUUUAAUGCGAGACGUAACCAAAAUCAUCUGCCACCGGCUGUCACUGAUCUUGCCUACUCCGGAACCACCCAAUCGGUUGAUACCACACAAAUAAUUUCUAACAACCUUACGGUGAUGUACAAUGAAAUGGUACGUAAUGUCCAGAACCUUGAGGACUUCUAUGGAGCAAGAUAUAAUACGGGGACGCAACCAGACCCCGGGCCAGGAACGGUGGAGCGUGGAUCGCACGCAGUGCUUCACGUGUGGGUUGGUGAAGCCACAAGUUCUGGAGAGGACAUGGGCAAUUUUUACUCCUGUGGUCGAGAAUCUUUGUUCUUUUGCCACCAUACUAACGUUGAUCGGCUUUGGACGAUAUGGAGGGAUCUAAGGGGUUCGAAAACAAAGGACUUUGUCGACUCGGAUUGGUUGAAUGCCAGCUAUUUAUUCUACGAUGAAAAUGCCCAGCUUGUACGCGUGAAAGUGGCAGACACACUGGACCAACAAAAAAUGGGGUACGAAUUCCAAAAGGUCGAUACUCCAUGGCUGAAGAAUAGGCCGGCCGCAAGUGCAAAGAAGUCCAAAAUAGCCACCACCACGGCUGCUCCAUCUGUCGACACUAGUACUUUCCCGGUGAAACUAGACAAAGUUGUCAAGGUUUUGGUUCCUAGGCCUCAAAAAUCGAGGAGUAAGAAGGAUAAGGAAAAAGAAGAGGAACUACUAGUGAUUGAAGGGAUUGAAGUGGACACUGCAAAAUUUGUGAAGUUUGAUGUAUUUGUGAACGACGAAGAUGAUAAUCCAAAUGCAUUAGACAAGGCAGAGUACGCCGGGUGCUUCUCGCAGGUGCCCCAUAAGAAUUCGUCCCUGUCGAAGACUAAAAUUAGGUUGGGAUUAAGUGAAUUGUUAGAGGAUUUGGAUGUCGAAGAUGAUGAAAAAAUAUUGAUUUCUUUGGUGCCGAAAGCUGGAGGAGAUGACAUUACCAUUGGUGGUAUCAAGAUUAUAUAUGCUUCUUGA